AUGGUACUACUGAUCUUUCUGAUGUUUCAUCAAAUUCCGGAGACAAAUAGUUCGGAUUAUUGCAAAGAUUUGUCGCCCGACUGUGUUCAACUGGCUAGUUGGUGCAGGUCCACGGACCAAAUCGAACAAAAGCUCAUGAAAAUGAGUUGCCGAGCCACCUGCAACGCUUGUCAAUCACCUGUCGGUCAGUUUGAAGCUUGAAAGUCUCAGAAACUUCGAGUGAAACACCUUCAAAGUUUCAACAUGGUUCGAUUCUUAUAAGGAAAUUAUAAACUUUAUUUUUUUCGGCCUUGCUAAAAGUUGAAUUUCAUAAUAGAAUUCAAGAACAACCAUCUGUUUUUUGCACUUGUUUUUAUUAUUCUCGUCGAGUUGAUAAGAGUAAUAAAAACCUGAAAUUUGCUAUCUUCAUAGUUUUUUAUUUGGAAAUCUCUAUUCCAGAUGAAAAUCGAUGGAAAACAACUGCUGCGCCAAAGGCUCUCCUGUGUGUGGAUGAAGCCGAGGACUGCGACGAAAGACGUCAUUUUUGCCGAUUGGCCCAUUACCGUCGGAUGAUGACCGUCCAGUAGGUCUGUCUUAUCUGCAGAGUCAAUGAAUCAAGUUUUCAUAUGUGGCAAGACAUGCAAUCUUUGCAUAAAGAAAAGGCAAUUACCCAAGAUAGAUGAAGAAUGGGAAGAAAGUUCAAAAGAAAUCGAAGAGGAGCAAAUCGAAAGAAGAGAAGAAGGAGUUAUGAGAUUCCGUUCGAGUGAGUUUUGUCAGAGAAAUCUUUUAUUAUCCUUUACCUUUUUGUAAAACUGUACCACUUUGUAUCCAAUUCUGACAUCCAGGACUGCGUCCGAGCACCAUAGAAGAUCUGAAAGCGACCGGAAUUCUCGAAGAAUUGGUGGAUCUGCUUCAAUCGAAAGAAGAAAAUAUGUUAACGGUGAGACUUAGUUUUAUUGCAAUGUGAUUGCGAAAAACAUGUCUGAAAGAGAGAUUACAGACAUGUGUGGACCAAGCAUCCGAUUGUCAAAGCAAAGCGGAACUUUGUCACCACAAAACCUACGCCAAACUCGUGAUGAAGCUGUGCGCGAAGACGUGCAAUCUCUGUUCCGUAGGUAAAAGUGGAGGCAACGCGGCUGAGUGCAAUUCAAGCCAUUAA